GAGAGCGUCAGCCAUGGCAAAGCCGCUGCUGGGAGGAAUCGCAAGCUCGAUCCGGCAGCUUUGAUCGCUAGAAAAUGGCCGAGGUAUCAUCCUGGGUGCCAGCGCUCCAUCAGCUUCCGGGAGGCGGCGGCGUCCAGCAGAGAUCUUCCUUGCAGGGAUCCAAGCGCCUUGUCCCGCCAUUGGCACUCCAUAACCUCAAUGCCGCUGCCGCCGCGGGUCCUGGGCAUGGAUCUGGGAGCGCAACGCGGUCAGGAGGAUCGGGGCCGGGGACUGGAAUUGGGAAUAGAUCGUCGGUGGUAUUACAGCCGAGGGAGUUUCUGGAUUCCAUCUUGCAGGGCAGCCAGUCCGAUCAUCAUACCCCACGGCCGCCUCCGCGACCAUCUCCUCGCGUCACGGCCUGGAAGAAGAAAGCCGCGGUGUUUGGGAGGAUGGAGUGGGACACACUGUCUUCGUCACACAGGAGGACUACUUCGCACAGGCUUCCAAUCUCUACACAACGAACAAGCUCUUCUGGUCGACCAGAUGCAAAGAGAAAGAUUGGAAGAACAAUGGCUCCUUCCAUGUUUGCCAAGACGGACGCAAAGAAUCUCCUCAGCCUUUACCAGCGGCAAGCAAACCAGUACGUACAGACUUUCAAAAGGCCGCCUCCUCCGUCGCGGACAGUUCCUUCGUCGUUUCCAGGCUAUCGGUUGCACCGAAGGAUUCAAGGGACAUGGGCUUAUCAGCCUCCAGACACACGCCAAGAGGCUUUGAACGAGUGGUUUGUCAAGCAUAUGAAGAGGCCGCCUCCUCCCAUCGAGAAAGUUCACGUUGCGUUUGGAAAAGUAACUUAUCCUUUCCAGUUUAGUACGCGGAAGAAGAAGCCAGGCACCGAAGUUCCAGAGCCGGUUAUAGAACCUCCCAAGAUGACGUUGAUCCCUCGCAAGAGUAAGCCUUUGAUCGUUUACUUCUUACCAGUAUGUGCUCGUUCUCUCUCUCAGGCUCAGUGUCUCAACAACCACAGCCCGGCACCGAGGCUCCACAAGCGGCAUAAUCGACAGCGUUUGCUAUAGCCUUCAUUUCCAGUUUCUACGCUUGAAACGCUUACUCCAGAGGUAUCAAUGUUCUGUGAAGUUUUAUGGAGUCUCAUUUUAGUGUUCCGCAGAUAGCCUACCGUCUGCGCAGACUGGUUCGUUUGCAUCGUCUCUUUGGCUCCGGACAGCGAGGCUUCUAGAAGUUGUUAGUGACAUGGAUCUCUUCCGCA